AUGGAAAUCGACAAGGAGGCUUAUGAGCUGGUGCUUGAAGCUUAUAGGCAGCGCUUCAGGAACCACAAGAAACCCACUCACCGUACAUUUGUUGAGUUUGCAAGGGACAAAGAGUCUCUGUUUAAUCGCUGGUGUUCAGCCAGCAAAGCUAACACCUUCGCUGGUAUUCGAGAGUUGAUGCUGUUGGAGGAUUUUAACAGCAAACUCUCUGAUAGAAUUGUUCAUUUAAAUGAACAGAAAGUGGCGACAUUGGCCCAGGCAGCAGUGUUGGCAGAGGAGUACACUGACACACAAGACUGUCUUUGUUACAUUCUUGUCUCAUCACUGCAACUCCCAAACGGACUCGGGAAAGGCGACAACAACCACAUCUUUUCCGACAACACCUACAGCAGCUCCGGAAACCAAAUCUUCCCCCACAACAACCACAGCUGCCCCCACAACAACAACCACAGCGGCUCCCACUACAACCACAGCCGGCUCCCACUACAACCACAGCUGCUCCACUACAACCACAGCAGCUCCCACUACAACCACAGUGGCUCCCACUGCAACCACAGCUGCCCCCACAACAACAACCACAGCGGCUCCCACUACAACCACAGCUCCCACUACAACCACCGUCGCUCCAACUACAACCACCGUGGCUCCCACUACAACCACAGCUGCACCCACUACAACCACAGCGGCUCCCACUACAACCACAGCGCCUCCCACUACAACCACAGCAGCUCCCACUGCAACCACAGCGGCUCCCACUACAACCACAGCAGCUCCCACUACAACCACAGCGGCUCCCACUACAACCACUGCGGCUCCCACUACAACCACAGACUCUCCCAUUACAACCACAUUUGCUCCCACUACAACCACAGCGGCUCCCACUACAACCACAGCUGCUCCCACUACAACCACACUCCCACAAACCACUGCAGCUCCCACUACAACCACAGCUGCACCCACUAUAACCACAGCGCCUCCAACUACAACCACCGUGGCUCCCACUACAACCACAGCUGCACCCACUACAACCACAGCGGCUCCCACUACAACCACAGCCGCUCCCACUACAACCACUGCGGCUCCCACUACAACCACAGCGCUCCCACUACAACCACUGUGGCUCCCAACUCACAACCACUGCGGCUCCCACUACAACCACCCUGCACCCACUACAACCACAGCGGCUCCCACUACAACCACAGCUGCACCCACUAUAACCACAGCGCCUCCAACUACAACCACAGCGGCUCCCACUACAACCACCGUGGCUCCCACUACAACCACAGCUGCACCCACUACAACCACAGCGCCUCCCACUACAACCACUGCGGCACCCACUACAACCACAGCGGCUCCCACUACAACCACCGUGGCUCCCAACAACCACAGCUCUCCCACUACAACCACUGUGGCUCCCACUACAACCACAGCGCCUCCCACUACAACCACUGUGGCUCCAAUUACAACCACAGCUGCACCCACUAUAACCACAGCGCCUCCAACUACAACCACUGCGGCUCCCACUACAACCACAGCUGCACCCACUACAACCACAGCGGCUCCCACUACAACCACAGCGGCUCCCACUACAACCACUGCAGCUCCCACUACAACCACAGCUGCACCCACUAUAACCACAGCGCCUCCAACUACAACCACUGCGGCUCCCACUACAACCACCGCGGCGGCUCCCACUACAACCACAGCGGCACCCACUACAACCACGGCUCCCACUACAACCACAGCUGCCCACCAACACAGCUACUAAACCACAGCGGCUCCCACUACAACCACAGCGUGGCUCCCACUACAACCACAGCUGCACCCACUACAACCACAUCGUGCUCCCACUACAACCACAGCGGCUCCCACUACAACCACAGCGGCUCCACUACAACCACCACCACAGCGGCUCCCACUACAACCACUGUGGCUCCCACUACAACCACAGCUGCACCCACUACAACCACAGCGCCUCCCACUACAACCACUGUGGCUCCCACUACAACCACAGCUGCACCCACUACCACUACAACCACCGUGGCUCCCACUACAACCACAGCUGCACCCACUACAACCACAGCGGCUCCCACUACAACCACAGCUGCACCCACUACAACCACAGCGGCUCCCACUACAACCACAGCGGCUCCCACUACAACCACAGCAGCUCCCACUACAACCACAGCGGCUCCCACUACAACCACAGCGGCUCCCACUACAACCACAGCGGCUCCCACUACAACCACCGUGGCUCCCACUACAACCACAGCUGCUCCCACUACAACCACAGCUGCUCCCACUACAACCACAGCGGCUCCCACUACAACCACAGCUGCUCCCACUACAACCACAGCGGCUCCCACUACAACCACAGCGGCUCCCACUACAACCACAGCGGCUCCCACUACAACCACCGUGGCUCCCACUACAACCACAGCUGCACCCACUACAACCACAGCGGCUCCCACUACAACCACAGCGGCUCCCACUACAACCACAGCUGCUCCCACUACAACCACAGCGGCUCCCACUACAACCACAGCUGCACCCACUACAACCACAGCGCCUCCCACUACAACCACAGCGCCUCCCACUACAACCACUGUGGCUCCCACUACAACCACUGUGGCACCCACUACAACCACAGCUGCACCCACUUUAACCACAGCGCCUCCAACUACAACCACUGCGGCUCCCACUACAACCACAGCUGCACCCACUACAACCACAGCGGCUCCCACUACAACCACAGCGACUACAACCACAGCUGCUCCCACUACAACCACAGCUGCACCCACUACAACCACAGUGGCUCCCACUACAACCACAGCUGCACCCACUACAACCACAGCGCCUCCCACUACAACCACUGUGGCUCCCACUACAACCACAGCUGCACCCACUACAACCACAGCGCCUCCCACUACAACCACUGUGGCUCCCACUACAACCACAGCUGCACCCACUACAACCACAGCGCCUGCACCCACUACAACCACAGCGCCUCCCACUACAACCACUGUGGCACCCACUACAACCACAGCUGCACCCACUACAACCACAGCGGCUCCCACUACAACCACAGCGCCUCCCACUACAACUACAGCGGCUCCCACUACAACCACAGAGGCUCCCACUACAACCACAGCGGCUCCCACUACAACCACUGCAGCUCCCACUACAACCACUGCAGCUCCCACUACAACCACAGCGGCUCCCACUACAACCACAGCGGCUCCCACUACAACCACUGUGGCUCCCACUACAACCACAGCUGCUCCCACUACAACCACAGCUGCACCCACUACAACCACAGCGGCUCCCACUACAACCACAGCGGCUCCCACUACAACCACUGCGGCUCCCACUACAACCACAGCGCCUCCCACUACAACCACUGCGGCUCCCACUACAACCACUGUGGCUCCCACUACAACCACAGCUGCACCCACUACAACCACUGCGGCUCCCACUACAACCACAGCUGCUCCCACUACAACCACAGCGGCUCCCACUACAACCACAGCUGCACCCACUACAACCACAGCGGCUCCCACUACAACCACAGCGGCUCCCACUACAACCACUGUGGCUCCCACUACAACCACAGCGGCUCCCACUACAACCACAGCUCUGGCCCCACUACAACCACAGCGGCUCCCACUACAACCACACUCCCACUACAACCACAGCGGCUCCUACUACAACCACAGCGGCUCCCACUACAACCACAGCAGCUCCCACUACAACCACAGCGGCUCCCACUACAACCACAUCGGCUCCCACUACAACCACAGCGGCUCCCACUACAACCACUGCGGCUCCCACUACAACCACAGCGGCUCCCACUACAUCCACAGCUGCACCCACUACAACCACAGCUCCUCCCACUACAACAACUGCGGCUCCCACUACAACCACAGCAGCUCCCACUACAACCACUGCGGCUCCCACUACAACCACAGCGGCUCCCACUACAACUACUGCGACUCCCACUACAACCACAGCUGCACCCACUACAACCACAGCGCCUCCCACUACAACCACUGCGGCUCCCACUACAACCACAGCGGCUCCCACUACAACCGCUGCGGCUCCCACUACAACCACAGCGGCUCCCACUACAACCACAGCUGCUCCCACUACAACCACUGCGGCUCCCACUACAACCACAGCAGCUCCCACUACAACCACAGCAGCUCCCACUACAACCACAGAGGCUCCCGCUGCAACCACAGCAGCUCCCACUACAACCACAGCGGCUCCCGCUACAACCACAGCUGCUCCCACUACAACCAUAGUGGCUCCCACUACAACCACAGCUCCUCCCACUACAACCACAGCGACUCCCACUGCAACCACAGCGGCUCCCACUACAACCAUAGCGGAUCCCACUACAACCACAGCGGCUCCCACUACAACCGCAGUAGCUCCCACAACAACCACGACUUAUCUCACAACAACCACAGCGGCUCCCACUACAACCACUGCGGCUCCCACUACAACCACAGUGGCUCCCACAACAACCACAGCAGCUCCCACUACAACAACAGCGGCUCCCACUACAACCACAGCGGCUCCCAUCACAACCGCAGCGGCUCCCACUACAACCGCAGCGUCUCCCACUACAACCGCAGUGGCUCCCACAACAACCACGACUUAUCUCACAACAACCACAGCGGCUCCCACUACAACCACUGCGGCUCCCACUACAACCACAGUGGCUCCCACAACAACCACAGCAGCUCCCACUACAACAACAGCGGCUCCCACUACAACCACAGCGGCUCCCAUCACAACCGCAGCGGCUCCCACUACAACCGCAGCGUCUCCCACUACAACCGCAGUGGCUCCCACAACAACCACGACUUAUCUCACAACAACCACAGCGGCUCCCACUACAACCACUGCGGCUCCCACUACAACCACAGUGGCUCCCACAACAACCACAGCAGCUCCCACUACAACAACAGCGGCUCCUACUACAACCACAGCGGCUCCCACUACAACCACAGCAGCUCCCACUACAACCACAGCGGCUCCUACUACAACCACAUCGGCUCCCACUACAACCACAGCGGCUCCCACUACAACCACAGCGACUCCCACAACAACCACAGCGGCUCCCACAACAACCACAGAGUCCCCCACUACAACCACAGCGGCUCCCACAACAACCAAAGCUUACCUCAAAACAACCACGGAGGCUCCCACAACAACCACAGCGACUCCCACAACACCCACAGCGGCUCCCACAACAACCACUGCGUCUCCCACAACAACCACAGCGUCUCCCACAACAACCACAGCUGAUGUUAUAACAACGGCAGGAGCUCCCACUAUGAACACAGCAACUCCCACUACAACUACAUCGACUCCCACUACAACCACAGCAGCUCCCACUACAACCACAGCAGCUCCCACUACAACCACAGCGGCUCCCACUACAACCACUGUGGCAACCAAAACGACCACAGUUUCUCCCACUACAACCAUUGCGGCUCCCACAACAACUACAGAGGCUCCCACAGCCACCACAGCGGCACCCACAACAAGCACAGCGGCUCCCAUAACAACCACAGCGGCUCCCACAACAACCACUGUGGCAACCAAAAUGACCACAGUUUCUCCCACUACAACCAUUGCGGCUCCCACAACAACUACAGAGGCUCCCACAGCCACCACAGCGGCACCCACAACAAGCACAGCGACUCCCAUAACAACCACAGCGGCUCCCACAACAACCACAGCUUACCCCACUACAACCACAGUGGCUCCCACUACAACCACAGUGGUUCCCACUACAACCACAGCAGCUCCCACUACAACCACAGCUGAUGUUACAACAACCACAGCGUCUCCCACAACAACCCCAGCUGCUUCCACAUCAACUACAGCUGCUGCUACAAUAACAAUAGUUUCUCUCACUAAUACCACCACAACAACAACAGCAGCUUUUGCUACAAGAACAACAACAGUUGCUCUAACUACCAACGCAGCUGGAGCUACCAUAACUACAUCUAACUCCACAACAACAACAGCCUCACCUACAGCAACCACAGAUGCACCAACAGCAACCACAGCUGUACCAACAGCAACAGUAACAAUAUCCCCAGCUGCUGCUAUGACAACAACAGCUACCCCCACAACAACUGCAGCUGCCCCAUCAACAACCACAGCAGUAACAACGUUAACCACAGUGGCUCCCACAACAACCACAGCUGCUCCCACAGCAACCACAGCAGCACUGUUGACAUCUACAGCUGUUUCUUCAACAACCACAGUCGUCCCCACAACAACUUCAGCUACUCCCAUAACAACCACAGCUGCUGCCACAACAAUCACAAUUUUACCCAUAACAACCACAGCCACCCACACAGAAAACACAGCUUAUCCCACCUUAACCAUAACAACCACAGCAGCAGCAACUACAACUACAGCUCCAUUUACAAAAACAGUAGCUCCCACAACAACAGUGGCUCACUCAAAAGCUACAGCUGCCCCCACAACAACUAAAGCUGCUGCUACAAUAACACCAGUUGCUCCCACUACAACUGCCACCACCACAACAACAGCAGCUUUUGCCACAAGAACAACAGCUGCUGUAACUACCAGCACAGCUGGUGCUACCACAACUAUAUCUAACUCCACAACAACCACAGCCCCACCUACUGCAACCACAACAACCACAGUUGCCCCUACAACUACCACUGCUGCAGCCCCAGCACCAGGUGCUGCUACAACAACCCUGGCUGCUCCCACAAUGACCACAGCUUCACCAUCAACAACAACAACUCUUGCUCCAACAACUACUGUUUCCCCAACCACCGCAUCCACUGACCCUCCAAGAGCAAAUGAAGGUCUACUUAUUCUACAGUUCCGGAUGAAUCGACAAUUUUUGGAAGCCUACAAAAAUCCACAGUCCCAGGAUUACUUUACUUUGGCUUUAAAUGUCACAUUUGAGUUGAAUCGAGGAUACAAAAAGGUAUAUCCUGGAAUCUUCCUCAGAUGCAUCAUCAUCAGUUUCUGGUCUGGUUCUGUGGGUGUGACAACCAACUUAAUCUUCACAAACCAGUCUGUGGUCCCUAACGUUAUAAAUGUAGAGGACUCCCUCAAGACAUCCAUCAACAUGUCCAACGUCUUCUUAGAUGUUAUUACUGACAGUAUCAAAGCGGAAUUCCAGAAUUCCACGACUACUACUACUGCAACCACCACAACAGCAGCUACACAAACUACAGUGGUGGCACCUACCUAUAGCAGCACUAUGGCAAGAAACAGACCUCAAGAAGUGGUCACUUUACUACUUGUUUUAAUGCUGAUCUAUUUCUUCUUAACAGAAUAACUCUAGGACUGAAAUAAACCCAUUAAGUAUGACAUAUUCUAUAAUAAAGGCAUAUAUAACUUCAGCUAUUAAGAUUAAGAUAUGUUAAGAAACUACUAAUAAUCAAAUAGUAAUAUAUUAGUUAUAGUAAUUGCUUGUCUAUAUGAUUAUGUAUAAAACUGUUUGUCUAAUUUAUUUUUAUAAAAUGUACCUCAAGAGAAAAUAAUUCACAAAAUAAUGCUGGUAAUGUAAUGAAGCUGAAAGUAAAUGUGUGAUGUUUUUCUAUUUAUAUGUCGUUUUAGUAUAUUGCAAUAGACUGAAUAAUAUAAAUACAUUUAUAUAUAAUGAAGUUAACUAAGGAAAUUAUACAAUUCUUGGAAACCUAAUUGUCUAUUCUGUAAUAUAUAGUUUCUUCCUAAUUGUAACGCAACUCUUGGCAAACAUUGCAAUCUUUGGAAAUUACUUUGAAAACUGCUUGAAUAAAUAAUGACAAAGAAAAACACAUAAAUAAAUACACUUUAGACUGUAGAUGUAUUGUAAUAAAACUUAAAUAAACACAAAUUG